CGGCCCACGAAGCCCGCGACCGCGUAAAACGCGAAGAAAAAGUAAAGCACGAAAAACGCGCAGCGGCAGGGGGGGGAGAGCCAUGGAGAUGGGCGGCGACGAGAUGAUGAUGACUUCGGGCGCCACGGGCCGGAUCGUGCCCGUCUUCCGCUCCGUGCUGUCCCGCCGCGCGCUGCUCCGCCUCGCCGUCGCGCUCCACUCGCUUUUCCUCUGGCUCCUCCUCCUCGUCGGCCGCCGCCGCCGCCCCGACGCCGCCAGCCCGGCGGAGCCCGGCCGCCCCGGGAAGGCCAGGAGCAGGCGCAGGGCCGCGGAGGAGGAGGACGUGCGCCGCCGCCGGGCGCUCGCGGAGGAGGUGCCCAUGGCGGAGGACGACUCGGACGCGGACGGGAGGACGUGCGGCACGUUCGUCAUCGCCGGGGCCAGGCGGAACGCGCUCUUCUGCCGCGUCUGGGCGCCGGCGGUCGGCACGGAGACGAGGGCCAUUCUGCUCAUCGUACAUGGGCUCAAUGAACAUAGUGGGAGGUAUUUGCAUUUUGCCGAGCAGCUAACGUCAUGUGGCUUUGGAGUAUAUGCAAUGGACUGGAUUGGUCAUGGUGGGAGUGAUGGUCUGCACGGUUAUGUUCCUUCUCUGGACUAUGUUAUAAAAGACAUGGAAGUACUUCUUGAUAAAAUUAUGCUGGAGAAUCCAGAUGUUCCUUGUUUUCUACUCGGCCACUCCACUGGUGGAGCUGUUGUUUUGAAGGCGUCGCUGUACGCCCAUAUCAGAACCAGACUGGAAGGGAUCAUCCUGACUUCACCAGCUGUGCGUGUAAAACCAGCGCAUCCGAUAGUCGGGGCAGUGGCACCGAUAUUCUCUCUGAUUGCACCCAAGUUCCAAUUCAAGGGAGCCAACAAGCGGGGCAUCCCGGUGUCCCGCGACCCUGCGGCGCUGCUAGCAAAGUACUCUGACCCGCUGGUCUACACGGGGCCGAUCAGGGUCCGUACGGGCCACGAGAUCCUGCGCAUCUCCUCCUACCUGCUGCACAACCUGAAGAAGGUGACUGUCCCGUUUGUAGUCCUGCACGGCACGGCGGACCGGGUGACGGACCCGCUGGCCUCGCAGGAGCUCUACAGGGAGGCGGCGUCGAGGCACAAGGACCUGCGGCUGUACGAGGGGUUCCUGCACGACCUGCUCUUCGAACCCGAGCGCGACGAGAUCGCCGCCGACAUCAUCAGGUGGAUGGACCGGACGCUCGGUCUGCAGGCCGUAUGAAGGGUAGCUGUUGUCUGAAGAUGGGGGAGGAGGAGUUGAACAUAGUGUGCGGAUCGCUCCGAUCACAGCCAUGGGCAUCAUGGCAUGACAUGGCAUGGCAAGACAUGCAUGAUGGCUCUGGUCUGAUUCUUGAUGGCGUUUUCUGGAAGUGGUAUGCAGAUUGGCUGUGAUAUUCCUCGUCUUACGGUGCUGCCGGUGCAUUGCAGACCAGUGAACUGAAAAGCGAGUGGCUUGUGCUUUGUAUGAAUGCUACAUUAUUCAUAUACCUAUGAUAACAAAAGUGGUGAGAAGAAUAGCGCGUGCUGUUGGCUUGGAAAA